UUGGAGACGAGCGUUGAGCGUUGCAACUAGCGUUUACCCCAAUCAAUCACAAGCCGUCCCGACCGCGCGCAUUGGUGUUCGUACGCUGUCAUGACGUCAGAGGAGCUAUCUGUACGCAAACUUGAGCAAGGAGAUUUCGAUAAGGGCUUUCUUACUGUCCUUGGGCAUCUGACAACGGUGGGGGAUGUGACGCGGGAGAUGUUUGAAGAGCAAAUACGUCGGCGAGAUGCAGUGGGUGGCUACCACACGGUGGUCAUAGAAGACAACAGCCGCAUCGUCGCCACGGCCAGCAUGGUGGUGGAGCUCAAGUUCAUCCACGGCUGCAGCAAGGUGGGGCACAUCGAGGAUGUGGUGGUGGACCCCGCGUACCGGGGCAAGCGCCUGGGGCUCAAGCUGAUCGAGGCGCUCAUCGAGUCGGCCCGCGGAGAUGGCUGUUACAAGGUGAUCCUGGACUGCGCGGAGGGCAAUGUGCCCUUUUACGAGAAGGCCGGGCUGGUGCGCAAGGAGGUGCAGAUGGUGCGCUACCUGGACCGGUGAUGCGGCCGGCACUGGGCGGCACUGGGCGGCACUGGGCGGCACUGGGCCCAGGUGCCGGCUUGGUGGCUGGCUGUGCGCCUGCGCCUGCGCCUUGUGGACUGGACUGAACGGGAACUGUACUGGAGCUGGAGCUGGACUGGCUGGACUUGACUGGACUGGAGCCAGAGGGGUGGUCGCCCGUGUCGGGGCGUACGGCGCAUGUUGUGGGUGGGCUGACGCGGCGGAGGUCCGGAACGACCUCCGUAACGCCGUUACAAGGUCAAGGUCACAUCAUCACAGGCGCUGUCGAGGCAAGAUUUGCAGCGUGGGGGACUGUUGUGCACUACACCGGCCUGUGCCUGUGAGCCUGUGACGGGUAUACAGCGCCGAAGUGGGCCAGCGGCAUGCGUUGUAGGGAUCGUGUGCAACAGAUGUGAGACGAGACGUGUGAUGGCAAACGCUCAUGCGGUGCACCUUUCGAGACGCCGUGCACGGGACCACAAACGGGAUGCGGCAAACCAGGAAAGGGGUUGCGGACAUCACGUAGGCGAGCAGGCAGAUAGGCAGGUAGCAGGAGAGCCUGCAGCAGCAGGGAGGCGGGGGUUGGGGGCUUGCUCGUUGACCGGCUGGCGGGCUGGGGAGGGGGGAGGGGGGCUUCUGGAGGCCGUUGCGCACUUGCGCUGGCAUGCAACCGCAUACCAGCAGGGGAGGUACUUGUGCAAUGCGCUCAACCUCGGCUGCUGGCGCGGACA